UGGAUUCUACAAUCGUACCUUCUACAAUGCAUGCUAUUUGUCGUUAUCACUCACGCUGAAGAAGUUUUUAAUACCACUCCGCCAACCGUCAAAACCAGCUUUUCCUGUCACAACCGGCCUAUGGGAUUUUAUGCUGACAUCGAAGCGAACUGCAAAAUAUAUCACACGUGCGAUGACCAUGGCAACAAAUUCACUUACCAGUGUCCCGAAGGAACGGCUUUUCGUCAAGAAGCUUCGAUAUGCGAUCACGUUUAUCUCGUCGACUGCCAAACGACUAUUUAUCCGUCGGCUUUUCCAAACGAGGAUAUAGACAAGGAAAUCGCGCGUAUAACUUCCUCGACGAGGUCCCCAGUGGAAUCGAGCAACUCCCUCGAUGAUCAUCGAUUGGCAUUCUCGCGUUCUUUCCGAGUGAUUCAACGGCCCGACAAAUCGAUGCCAAAUAAGUUCCAAUCCGGCUUCGUCUUUAGCUCGAGUCUAUUCUUAAAGAAUCAAGAUCGAACGCGGAAUCAAGCUCGGCAAAUCACCGACAAUUGCACGACAUGCAACGCUGAUGUGAGGAAGCACACGACAGAUUCCACUGAACGGACAUUUACCAAAGAAUUCGAUUCUUGGAAUCUACAUAACGACAGGUCAAUGGUGUCAAGACAGUCGUUAGGGACUCACGACAAAAGCACCGUGCACCCUAAUCAUUCAUACGAGCCGCUCUCGAAUGCUUCGCCCGCGAAAACGAUGGCAUCGGAAGAUAACCGGCAUUCAUCUCCCCUGCGUGAGAAGUCUUUCUCCAGUUACAACAGAGAUAUCCAUCCGUACUCAGAGACGUUACGAUCGAUUCAAGCUAACGCUUACGUAAAAUCCACUACAGAAAUUCCUGUGCACGCUUUGACGUUAUCUUUGGAGCCGUUGGUACCUAACGAGCUGGAAUAUGAUCCUUAUUAUCCCAGACAACCGACGUCUACCGAGGCGUAUUACACACCCAGCAAUCGCAACAGGAUUAAUACGCGGUUUUUCAGCUCUAGCCAAGCACCGCUAAUAGCCGCGCGCCCUAAUCUUCCUUUUGAGAUUCCAUCUAUGCUGCCCGAUUUGAAUACCUUGGAAGAUUUGGUUGAUCGCCGGAAGUUCUUCUAUAUCCCGCGCACAAAUGUGAAAUCGAUAUGA